AUUCCAAUUCCAUUUCGGGCACUAUACGAUUGGCAGCUCCUCUUCAAAUUUCAAAUCCGCACUCAGAACCUCAUUGUUUUUGUCAAAAUCUACAUGAAAACCUAAAAUUUUAAGCCUCAUUUUAGCUUGUAUGUAGCUUCAUUUGAGCAAAAGUCCUUUUCUGUGGGUUUUAGUUCAUAGAGCUUGAAACUUGAGAGGCGAAAAUUAGUUUCGAAUUGGUUGUGAAACACAGAAACAGAGUAGCCUUUUUAUGUACAUUUGAAUUUUGUUUUCCUACAAUGAGAGAAGAAAACCCUUUUGAAUCCAAAUCUAAAGUAUUGAAAUUUGCCGAUCAAAAUCAAGCACCAAAGCCACAGAACAACGUCAAAGGCAAUAACAACAAUGGUUCAAAGCUCCGGUCCUCAUGGGGUUCUCACAUUGUUAAAGGCUUCACAGCAGAUAAGAAGAUCAAGGCACAAGCCACUGCAGUUACAAGCAAGAAAAUUCCACCAGCAAAUUCAGACACCACAAGCCAAAAGAACCCUCUGGUGCCGUCUCAUUCGCGUGUCAAAAGAUCACUUAUUGGUGAUCUUUCUUGCUCGGUAACAGCAACCCAAGUCCACCCACAUGCAUACCAGGCUAAUCACCGGAGACAGUCUUCAGGGUCCCGUGAUUUGUUUCUGGAAUUAGAUCAACUAAGAAGCUUGCUUCAGGAAUCGAAAGAAAGGGAAUUCAAGUUGCAAGCAGAGGUGUCGGAGCUCAAAAGGAAUGGAAGGUUCUUUGAUCUUGAAAGGGAGAUUGAAACGAAGAAAAAUGAAGUUGAUGAGCUUUCUCAGAGAAUCGGGCUUUUGGAGUCGGAGAAAAGCGUCCUUUGUGAACAAGUGACCGAGAUGUAUUUAAUUUCAGAGAAGAAACAUGAGGAGAUAUUGAAAAGGGAAGGCAAUGAGAGUUCAAAGGGGAAUUUGGAAAUGGAAGUUGUGCAGUUAAGAAGGUUGAACAAGGAACUGCAGAUGGAGAAGAGGAAUCUUUCUUGCAAACUAUCUUCUAUGGAGACUCAAUUGACGUCUUUUGCCAAGGCUUCUGAGAGUGAAAUUGUGGCGAAAAUUAAAGCUGAGGCAUCUUCGCUAAGACUAACAAAUGAAGAUUUGUGUAAACAAGUUGAGGGUCUGCAGAUGAGCAGGUUAAAUGAGGUUGAGGAGCUUGCCUACCUGAGGUGGGUCAAUUCAUGUUUGAGAGAUGAGUUGCGCAAUUCAUGCUCAACAAAUUCUGAUAAGGCCUCUGGCCUGAAGUCAGAAGAGAAAAGUAAUGAAUCUGUUGGCUCAUUCUCCUGGCGGAGCAAUGAGUAUUUAGAAUACAGUAGUGUAAAGAGAUUAAAUCUGAUUAAGAAAUUGACGAAAUGGCCUAUUACUGAUGAGGAUUUUUCAAACUUGGAAUGCCCUGACAAAAAUUGGGUCCAUUCAGAGGAAGGAAGAAGCCCAAGCAGAAGACACUCUAUAAGCGGAUCUAAGUUCAGUGUAGAAGAGUGGCUGUCAAGUAAGAGACGGCAAUCUGAUGGUUUUAUGUGUGGAAAAGAAGUGGAAAAGGAAGCUGAGCCAGUAACUUCUCAGAAGUAUGAUUUGGGUAUGGAUCGAAGACCCCAUAUCUUUGAAAACUGCCUAGAGAAUAAUAAGAUAGUGUCAUCAUUAGAUGUUGAGAAAAGGGCUUUGCGCGUUCCAAAUCCCGUUCCAAGACCCUCAUGUUCCAUUUCCAGUGGACCUAAAGAGGAAGAUUCAGCUCAAGUUCCACCACCACCACCUCCUCCACCUCCCCCGCCACCUCCUCCAAAGUUCUCAGUGAGGUGUACUACAGCAGGAGUGGUGCAGCGAGUGCCACAAGUUGUUGAAUUUUACCAUUCGCUCAUGAAGCGGGACUCGAGAAAGGAAUCUUCAAAUGGAGCAAUCUGUGAUGCCCCAGACGUUGCUAAUGUUCGUAGCAGCAUGAUUGGUGAAAUUGAAAAUCGAUCAUCACAUUUGCUUGCAAUAAAAGCAGAUGUUGAGACUCAAGGAGAAUUCGUCAAUUCACUGAUAAGAGAGGUCAAUAAUGCUGUUUAUCAGAACAUUGAAGAUGUUGUGGCAUUUGUGAAGUGGCUUGAUGAUGAACUUGGCUUUCUGGUGGAUGAAAGGGCAGUCCUGAAGCACUUUGAUUGGCCAGAAAAGAAAGCUGAUAUGCUACGAGAAGCAGCAUUUGGGUAUAGAGAUUUGAAGAAGUUGGAGUCAGAAGUAUCUUAUUACAAGGAUGAUCCUCGAGUGCCUUGCGACAUUGCACUAAAGAAAAUGAUCACUUUAUCUGAGAAGAUGGAACGUACUGUUUACAACCUUCUACGAACAAGAGAAUCCUUGAUGCGUAAUUGCAAAGAUUUCCAAAUUCCAACAGAUUGGAUGUUGGAUAAUGGCAUUCUUAGCAAGAUAAAGCUUGGCUCAGUUAAGUUGGCAAAGAAGUACAUGAAGAGGGUAGCUUUAGAAAUUCAGUCAAAAGCAGCACUAGAAAAAGACCCUGCGCUAGACUAUAUGCUACUCCAAGGAGUUAGGUUUGCUUUCAGAAUUCAUCAGUUUGCUGGAGGAUUUGAUACAGAAACAAUGCAUGCAUUCGAGGAACUUCGUAACCUCGCUCACCUUCUCAACAAAAAGUAAAGAGCAAUUAGCGCUUACCAUCUCAGUAAGCAAAUUUCAUACUUGAAUGUAUAUGUAUACAGUACAGUGUAUAUCUGGUUGGCCAGCAGUGUGGUUUGUCCUGGGGCUUUUAAAUAUUAAAAUUGGAAAGUUUGGUGUGUGAAAGAGGAAACAAUUUUGUCUGAGCUUUUUGCUCACUUCUUAGACAAAUGAACUGUAAAAAUUUGGUGAGGAUGCGCUAAGCCUUUUUGACACUAUACGAUUUCCUGCACUUAUUAGUUCAUGUUGAUUGAUGCGA